AUGUCGCAAAGAAUCAUCCAACCAAGUACAGCUGAUCAACAACUUCAAGGUAAGUCCAAUGGAUAUGAAUACACUGUGGGGCCCAAGCAGGCUAUAACAGGCGAGGCAUCUACAGCCUAUGUACCUUCCAGAAUAUACUCUGAAUCUCUUCUCUUCAAAAAGCAGGAGGUUUCUUUAUCAGCAAUGGCUUUUUUGUUCCAAGAAAUGAUUUCACAAGUACACAGAACGUGCAAAUCUACUAGUGAUUUCGAAACCAGAUUAAGUGAUUAUGGACACAACAUCGGAAUUCGUCUCCUAGAAUUGUUGAAUUUUAGAGCAUCUAUCUCUCCAAGUUCUCUUUCCAGGACAUCUACAUUCCUAUCACAAAACGACUCUUCUUCAAAAUUAUCAAGCGCAUCAAAUUCAUCGAACAUACUAUCCAAUUCCAAUACAACAACUUCCUCCUCAGCUAAUGAGCGGCUUCAGGAAAAGCAAACGGAAUCAUUAUCUAACUAUAUUACAAAGAUGAGGCGUCGUGAUUUGAAAAUUCUCGAUAUACUACAAUUUAUUCAUGGCACGUUAUGGUCGUACCUUUUUAAUCACGUAAGUGACGACUUAGUCAAGUCUUCGGAACGUGAUAAUGAAUAUAUGAUAGUAGACAACUUCCCUAAUUUGACCCAAUUCAUCCCAGGUGAAAAUGUCUCUUGUGAGUACUUUGUUUGUGGUAUAAUUAGAGGAUUUCUCUUCAAUGCUGGAUUCCCAUGUGGUGUGACGGCACACCGUAUGCCACAAGGUGAGCAUAGUCAGCGAACGAUCUAUUUAAUUCAGUUCGAUAGGCAGGUGCUUGAAAGAGAAGGUCUGAGAUUUGGUUGA